AGGAGGGAGGCAACUUGGUCUGAAGCCGCGAUUGGUCUACGUCGGGAGAUGGAGUACAAGCAGCGCGUGGGUUCGCAUGCACUCGUGUGCUAGCUUGUGCUGCUCUACUCUCCGCACUUCCAACGCAAUUCAGUUCUCUUCAUCAUCUAUCCCCGCCUGCACAACCCUACCAAUUGCGCAUACUCGAGCUUAUUGUUGCGGAGGCCGGAAGGUCGAGCUUAUUGUUGCGGAGGCCGGAAGGGGAAAUUUAAGUGGGAACAACCAAUUGAAGUCUGAAGGUUGUGGGUUGUGAGUUUUGUGGUCGAGUUGGAGAGGAUGGCAGCUAUCGCGCAAACGAUGGCGACCACGUGGGUUUCGCAUACCACAGUCAGGGUGGUGCCGUUAAGGGUUGCCUCAAGUGGGGUGAGCUCUGUCUCCUCGUUACCAGCGGCUAUGAGGAUCUCUCACAAGGGGAGAAGUAACGCGAUAGUUGUGCGGGCUUCAGAUUCUGCAACUGCAUCACCGUCUAGUGCAGCUCCUGCCAUCAUGCUCACAGAGAAAGCACUGAGUCACUUGAUGAAAUUAAAGGCCAGUCAGGACAAGGAAUUAUGUCUGCGUGUUGGAGUUCGGCAGGGCGGUUGUUCCGGCAUGUCAUAUGUGAUGGAUUUUGAAGAGUCCUCCAACCUUAGACCUGAUGAUUCGAUCAUCGACUACGAUGGUUUUAAAAUGGUGUGCGACCCCAAAAGUCUAUUGUUCUUGUUUGGGAUGCAGUUGGACUACAGCGAUGCUCUGAUCGGAGGAGGCUUCUCUUUCAGCAAUCCAAACGCCUCUUCUACCUGCGGCUGUGGAAAAUCGUUCGCUGCUUAGAUUACUGCAAACGAACAUUUCAUUAAAAAUUAGGUUGUGCAUCCCUGUGAAAGCAUUUUUAUUAGAUUAAUGGGAAUGCAGAUCUAUGAAGUGUAAUGCAUAGUGCAUAACCUGCUCUACAGUGUAUUAACAGUUGCACUGUGAAUAUCCUCCAUGUACUAUAUCGGAUAUGUAAAUGAUGUUUUCAUUUAGUGGUGUAAUCAUACUUUUUA